AUAGAAGGAAUUGAAUAUUUUCAAUUUUGUUUUUGUCAAAUCUCAAUUCUCUUCUCCAGUCUCUAGUAUAUAUUAACAUAUUAGUACUUAAUAACUUGGAAGUUAUCAAAGUUCAUCAUGAUUUGUAGAAAAUAUUUUUCAAAUUUUUUAGUGAAACAGAAUUUUACUUCAUCUAAACUAAUUCUAACUAGUUUGACUAAAAAUUCUAGUAUGACAGCCAAAUCAGUUGAAUUAAAUUCAUUUAGUAGAAGGAAAAGUARUAAUACAGAUAUUGGAUGGAUUUUACUAGUACUACCAAUUUCUGCAUUUGGACUGGGUACAUGGCAAGUUAAACGAAAAAUAUGGAAAGAAAAUCUGAUUCAAGAACUCAAAACUAAAACUACACUCCCUGCAUUGGACUUUCCGGAAAACGAAGAAGAACUUACWAAACUUGAAUAUCGUAGAGUAAAAGUUGUAGGUGAAUUUGACCAUUCAAAAGAAUUGUACUUAGGUCCUAGAUCCUGUUUAACUGAUGGUGGAGCUGAGAAUAGUAACGGAUUAUUUUCUGGAUCUACAAAAAGUGGUUAUUAUGUCAUCACACCUUUUAAACUGUCAAAUAAACCUUUCUCAAUUUUAGUGAACCGUGGUUGGGUUUCUAUGAAAAAUAAAAAUCCUGCAUCUCGAAUUUCUGGCCAAGUUGCAGGUGAAAUUGAACUAGAAGGUGUCGUUCGGUUAACUGAACCAAGACCUCAGUUUGUAUCCAAGAAUGUAGCAGAUUCUCGUUUUUGGGCAUAUAGAGAUUUAGAGGCAAUGUCAAAAUUAGUUGAUAGUGAACCUAUUAUGAUUGAUGCUGUAAUUGAAUGUAGUAUUCCUGGAGGUCCAGUUGGCGGUCAAACAAAUAUUUCAUUGAGAAACGAACAUGUCUCUUAUAUUAUUACUUGGUAUGGUUUAGCAAUUGCAACAGGAUAUAUGUGGUAUGCAAAAUAUUCACAUGCAUUAAGAUCAAUUAUCAAAUAAAAACUAUUAAUUUAUGUAUCUCAGUCAAAAUAAACAUACUAAAAAUAAUUUUAAGUAUUAUUCAUCAGCUAUUUGUUCCACAAUUAUUGUGGAAAUAUAAAUUAUUUAUACUUUACUAUGGUCAAAUU